AAACUUUUGUGGCACGUUAAUGGUCAAUCACCAGUGUGUCCCAUGGUAUGGUCCACCCCAUAUUUGGAUCUGCUUUAUUUUUGGAUAAUGCCCUAAAAUGAUCUAGAGAAACGGAUGGACCGUGUGGAUACAGUCUACAUACAUCAAGGUGGGGCCCACCAUCUUGGGUGAGUCCAGGGUCUCACCUAAUCCGUUCCCCUGAUGGACGGGUUGGACUUCACUCAUGCAUCAUGUGGCCCCACAGUGGAAGGUACCACUGCAGCACGCCACAAAUGUAAGUGCCUGUGUAUCACCAUCACGCUCUUCCAGAGUACCAAAUAACUCCGGUGUCAUCAUCUAUUCGUCGCUGGAAUCGGAGACAGAAAUCUGCGCCAGAUAGAGGAUAGUAGAACGAAAAAAUCACAGGAAAAAGGGGAAAUGGAGAUCUCUGCAACAUCUCUUUUGCUUCCAACCGCUCCAUCACUUCAUCAUCGAGCUUCUUCCCUUUCUUCCUGCAAUUCCAUUUUCUUCAGCCAAGGAAGAAGAGAUUUCUUCAGGAAGCACAACAGUAGCUUGGUCUUGGACAGAAGCAGAGCCCAUAAGGGCCUCAACUGCCGCUGCUUGUUCGGGCUCGGCGUGCCCGAGCUCGCCGUCAUCGCAGGUGUUGCCGUCCUCGUCUUUGGGCCGAAGAAAUUGCCUGAAGUCGGUCGUAGUAUCGGAAAAACCAUCAAGGGCUUUCAACAGAUCCAGUCACAGGCAUGUCUGCAAGUAACAGAGGAAGCAGAGAAGGAAUAUAAGAAAUUAUCAGACUGCAUUAGUGGAAAUAUGGAAGUAAUGAAGGCUUCAUAUGCAGAAUUCAUUACAGAAGCACAGACUUCUGCAUCCCGUGUAUGCAAGGGAUCAAUCCCUGAGCUGACAAGGUCCCUGGAGAAAGCCAUUGAAGGCCUGCGCUGCCGCUAUGGGAUCCCAUCCACUACAAUAUAACUAGUUCCAGCCAUUUCAUUGACAUGAGCUUCUCAGUGAGUACAACUUUCCUUCAUCUUUUCCUGUUCCUUUUAACGGGCAGAUUCUAAUUCCUGUAAAGAUAUCAAUCAGUGAGAUGCCGUAUCUCUGUGAGGUUUCACAUUUUCUUAUUUUAUUUUUAAUUGAAAUAAUUCCAGUUAACAGUCUUA